AAACGGCCGGAUUUGUUUACACGCGAAUCAAAUAUUUGUUUGCAAUUUUCUGUGCAAAGAAAAAAAAGAAUUGUUUGAAUUAUGUUUUUAAAUCGUAAUUGAAUGUUAAAAAUUAUACAAAUUAGUUUAUUUACAAAACACUUUGCCAUCCCAAUACGAGUAGGCCGAUUAUUUACGAAAGAAAUGAGCAAAAAUCAGGACAACCGGCUGGAAACAUUUCGCCGCAUCUGUGAUGAAAUUGGCGAAGAGCGUAGUUACAACAACAAAGCACAAUUGCUGAAAGAGUUUUUAAAUAAAGGUUCAGAUCGGAAAAGUUUUAAAGGGGAUACGCUACUAUGGAUACAAAUGCUAAUACCUGGCGCUAGUCACCGUGUGUACAAUUUACAAAACAAACAAAUGCUGAAGUUGUUUUCGCGUAUAUUUGCUUGUGAGCUGCAGGAGAUGCAACGUGAACUGGAACAAGAUGGUGAUGUUUCCGAAACGUUGCGCAAGUAUUUUGAAUCAUCAAAGAAACUGAAACCGCAAACGGAAAGCACCCUUUAUCUUCAAGACGUUGAUGAGUUUCUUAUAAAACUGGAACAGCGUACAAAAGAGGACGAGCAAACCGAUCUGCUGCGGCAAUUAUGCAAGCAAGCAACUGCUUUGGACUUAAGAAUGAUUGUACGCCUCAUCAAGCAAGAUUUGCGUAUAAACGCCGGCGCGCGCCACAUUCUUGAUGCAUUUGGGCCACUUGCUUACCCUGCCUAUCAAUCGUCUCGAGAUUUGUCUGCAGUCGUCAAACAAUUCGCCGGUACGGGGAAGCAAAAAGUAGCGUCACCUAUUAAAGCAGCAAAAGUAACUAAACAAAUUGGGUGCGUACAAGUAAUGACGCCCAUCUCUCCUAUGCUAGCUAAUGCCUGCAAAUCCGUUGAAGAAGCUUUUAAAAAAUGUCCAAACGGCUUAUAUACUGAAAUAAAGUACGACGGGGAACGCGUACAAAUACACAAACGUGGGAGCGAGUUCAAGUUCUUCAGCCGAAAUUUGAAGCCAGUGAUGGACCAUAAAAUCAAAAGAUUUCAUGAACUCAUACCAAAGGCUUUUCCAGGAGGUGGCGACAUGAUUUUGGAUUCAGAAAUCAUUUUAGUCGAUACCAUAAGUGGUAGUUUACUGCCAUUCGGCACUUUAGGAGCGCAUAAAAAGAAAGAAUUUUCACAUGCAGAGGUGUGCAUUUUCACCUUUGACUGUCUGCUCUAUAAAGGAGAGGAUUUGACCAACGUACCUUUCCACAAACGCAGAAAAAUAUUAGAGGAAAAUAUAAAUCCCAUAAAAUCUUGUGUUGAGCUUUCAGAAAGUCAAUUUUUAAAAACGAAGAAUGAGCUAUCGCUUAUGACCGCCAAGGUGCUAAAAGCAAAUCUCGAAGGUGUGGUGUUGAAGAAUCCGAAUGGCACCUACCAACCCGGCAAACGUGGUUGGCUGAAAGUAAAGAAGGACUACCUUUUCGGCGGCAAAAUGGCCGACACUGCAGACUUGGUUGUGCUGGGCGCUUGGUUUGGUUCAGGCAAAAAAGGCGGUAUUUUGAGUAUAUUCCUCAUGGGCUGCUAUGACAGUAGAGAUAUGCUCUGGAAGACUGUUACCAAAGUCCACUCCGGCCUGGAUGAUGCCGAAAAUGAGCGAGUGCAUGGGGAGCUUAUGAAUUUAAUGGAGCGCGCUGAUCCAAACCAAGUGCCCACCUGGCUGUUAUGCAAAAAGGCUCUAGUGCCAGAUUAUUUAGCAAAGGUGCCGAAUAAAAUGCCUGUUUGGGAGAUAACGGGUGCCGAGUUCACCAAAUCGGAGGCACACACUGCGGCAGGGAUUUCAAUACGAUUUCCGCGCAUAACGAGGCUGCGCGUAGACAAAUCUGCCGAUCAUGCCAACGAUUUGGAAUAUCUGCAGAAACUUUAUGAGGCUUCAAAGAAUGAUGUGAAUGUGGAUUUGUUGCUCUCAAAUUGUGAGGAUAAGAAUGGGGUGGUAAAUGUAAAAAUCGAGGAAAUUGAUUCCAAAAUUAAUCUCACGCCAAAGAAAAAGCCCAAAGUUGCCAAUGAGGACGAUGACCUACCGGGAAGUAGCGUUAAGUUGAAGAGAAAAGCUGACGAGGUGGACAAAGAAUUGAGUGAUAAUAAGAAGAGGAAAACGCAGAGCCCAAAAGUGAAGCAGGAAAAUGUUGUAACCAAAGUGAAGAUUGAAGGAAAGCUUAGUAAACAGGCGAAAUUGGAUUUCAGUGCGCUCGGCAAGAAAGAAGAUAAAUUUCGGGAUUUCGUUAAGAAUAUCGACGUAAAGACAGAAUCUCAAACGCAACAAUUCGGUGGCGAUGUGAAAAAGGAAAGUGACAUAUUUAAGAAUUUAGUGGCACACUUUGGCAACGAAGCAGGCGAUGAGCAGUUGAAGUGUGCUUUUGUGUCGAACGGUGGCUUAGUGACCAAAAACUCAAACAAUGCAAAUAUUGUGCUCCACGCAGCGACACUACUCUCCACUGAUGACUUCAGCACACUUAGCGUUUAUGGCAUAUUUUUCCAGACGACACCCAUAUAUCUUAUACGAGAUCCGGAAAUUUUACGAAAAAUUACGGUCAAAGACUUUGAUCAUUUCGUAAACCAUCGCGACUUUUUCGGUGACAGUCCACAUGAUCUAUUCAGUAACUCCUUGAUCCAAUUGAAGGAUGACAAGUGGAAAGACAUGCGUAGCACCCUGAGUCCUGCUUUUACCGGCAGCCGACUUCGUCAAAUGUUCGAACUGAUUAAUCAGGUGGCCGCGGAUAGUGCAAAAUAUCUGCAGCAAUUGCAAGCGGAAGCACAUGGCGAGGGUGUCGAGUUGGAGUUAAAGGACUAUGCGACGCGUUUCGCCACCGACGUCAUUGCGUCAACGGCGUUUGGACUGCAAGUAAACUCUUUCGAAAAUAAAGAGAAUCAAUUUUAUAUGUUGGGCAAAAAGGCGACCACAUUCGAUUGGAAAUUUAAUUUAAGGUUUACACUUUUCCUGCAUUUCAAUAGUCUACUGAAGUUGCUGAAAGUGGAGCUUUUUGAUUCAAGCAUAACGAGCUACUUCCGUUACCUCGUGCUCGAUGCUUUGAAAUACCGCAAGGAGCACAAUAUCCGUCGCGCCGACAUGAUUAACUUGCUUAUGGAGGCUCGUGGUCUCUUUCCCUCCGACUCGCCAAAGUCACACAGUCGCGAUUGGACUGACACAGAAAUGAUAGCGCAGUGCUUCAUCUUCUUUUUCGCCGGCUUUGAAACGGUCUCGACUUCGAUUUGCUUCGCGACGCAAGAGCUAAUGGAGAAUCCGGAGGUGCAGGAGAAAGUGUAUCAGGAAAUUGCGGAAGUCAAUGAACGCCUUGAGGGGAAACAGGUGACCUAUGAGGCCUUGCAGGGCAUGAAAUACUUAGAUAUGGUCAUAAAUGAAACAUUACGGAAGUGGCCGGGCGCCGUUAAUCUGGAUCGGAAGUGUACGAAAGAUUUUGUAUUCGAAGCAGACGGUAAACGCAUUGAAAUAAAGAAGGGUCAGACUAUUCUGAUUCCCGUGGUGGGUCUACAACACGAUCCUCAAUACUUUCCGAAUCCAGAAAAGUUUGAUCCCGAACGUUUUAGCAGUGAGAAUAAAGACAAAAUCCAGCCGUUUACUUAUAUGCCCUUCGGAGAAGGCCCCAGAAAUUGCAUUGGUUCUCGUUUCGCGCUUUUGGAAGCAAAGGCAAUAUUGUAUUAUUUGGUGCGAGACUUUCACAUUGUCCCAGGCAAGAAGUCAACGAUACCUAUUGUGUUGGGUAACUACGGUUUUCAGGUGGCGCCAAAGAACGGUUACUGGGUAAAGCUAACUAGUCGGAGCAAAAAAUAAAUGUGAUAAGAAAUUGAAUUAAAUUUGGAAAAUAUAAUGCUGGGGACUUUAUAAAACUCUGUUAA